CUCGCUAUUACUGUGAUACUGCGACCUGGAUAUUUGGCCUGUGCUCAUCGCAUCAGUCUUACGCCUCAUCCUAUAUUGCUUCCUUGGAACAUUAAUGAUGCCCUGGCUUGAUUUGUAUACUUCUGUUCCCUACAUUACUCCGUCUGGCGCAACCCCUUGAUUUGGCGCCCCUCCCCCACAUUGCGACUGAGCCCAGUGCCCUUGUCAACCUGCAGCUAUCAAAAUAGUCCUACUAUCCUACUUAUAGCCAUUGGUUGCUUGCUUUUCUUUACGCGAAGCGAUGAGUGCAACCACUCUCGAAGGUUCUAGUAACCCCGAUCCACUUACCGGGCUGCUGGACGACUUCCGUCCAUUCCUAGAGGAGAGCCUGAUUUUGGCAAUAGUGGGGGACUAUGAUUUAACCACACAAGCCGAAGCCGCCAGGGGCACACUGCAGUUGCUUGCCUCUGACGCCGAGAAGGAAGAGACGUCGACCUUCAACCCUAGCGGCAUUGCCCUUGAUGCUGGCCUCUCAGAGUCUGCGGACCAUAGGGCAAGCGUCCCGGGGUCGACAAGGACAGACGAGACACCUUGGCUCUCGUCGGUGACGUCGGACAGUCCUACUCUGGACGCCGAGGUUGAGCCUUGGAACGAAGACCAAGACGUCCCCGAUGAUGAAAAGGAGGCGACCCUAAUAGCCAUGUUUCCGGAAAUGAAAGUCUUUGAUGUCAAAUUCGAACUGCAGCGCGCAAAUGGCGACUUCGAAAAGGCCAUGUUAGCUUUGUUGAACAUCCAGUACUUGGAUGAAGCUGGUGAACUGCAAAGGGGGACAGUGGUGGGAACGGAAAGCCCGGGCUCACGAAACCGGAAGAAGGCCAAAGGCAAAAAAAAGGCUACUACACAAAGCAACGGCGCAAAGUCAAAUCUUCGUCUUGACGUGGCCUAUAAGCUGAAGCCUGUUUCUUUGGAAGAGCCUGACGAAGAAUCCAGCGCAACCACAUCGCCAUUACGAUCCCCAUUAUACAGCCCCAUCUCAUCAUCAGGCUUUGCAUCCCCCGCUCGAUCAUCGCCAGCUCCGCAUGCUUCCCAACAGCGGAAACCCCCGGCCGACCCUUUAAGCUGGCAGAAAGUCGAGUCGCGGAAGUCCGCCACUCCGAAAGCCGGUCCCGGUCUCAUCUCUGGGCUACUCUACCAAGAUUCCUCGGCAGCGCUCCGCGACGCGGCAGGCUACUCGUUCGACCAGGCGCAUAAAGCAUGGCGCCGCGGCCGCUCCGACCCGCUCUUUCGUACCGCUGCGGUCGUGUACUCGGAGCGUGGCCACUCUCAGGUCGGCGCGGCGCAGGUCCGCGAGCGCGCCGACUACGAAGCCCUCGUCGACCGCCAGAGCGCGGGCGAUCCGGACCUCAUCGACUUGCACGGUGUGCCCGUGCGCGAGGGCGUCGAGAUGGCGCUCAACAGGACCCGGCGCUGGUGGAGGCGGCUGGUCGAGACGGAGGAGCAUGGCGCGAGAGCCGCUGCCAAGCAGAGGCCGUUUGUCGUCGUCACCGGCUCGGGGAACCACAGCGCCGGCGGCGUGUCGCGGCUUCGGCAGUCGGUCGGCGUGGCGCUCGCGCGGGAUGGUUGGUGCGUCGAGGCGCAGACGGCCAAGUUUGUUGUUUCAGGGCGCAACAAGCCUUGAGCGGGGAGUAUGUUUGCAGCAGUUACUUUAUCUCGAGAUUAUGUUGAUGAUCUAAUUGGCUCUUGUAUGCUUGUGGAAAGCUUUGUGAGUAAUUGUAUAGGAGUCAACCGGGACUACAAGCAUGUUAAUAGACAUUAGCUACCAUUUUGCAUAGCUAAUGCUUAAACCCUCUCAAGUAAGGCCUUGUCUCUCUCUGGA